UCACUCCCUCUCCCCCUCAUGUUUCUCAAAUCUACACAUGGUUUCUGUCCGAGGUAUGACUUUCUCUUGCUCUUAAAGCAAAGUGGCAACUUGUUUUAGAGACGGAUCCACUGUAGACAAUGGCUGUUGGAUGCUGUGCAUUUCUUGUUCUCAACAUUUGAUGGCUGUUCCAAUACUGUUUGGACAUCUUUCAUUGAUGUAAACAAACCAGAAUGCUUCUUCGUCAUCGCGGCGAUUGAUCUGGAUUCUGAUUGGACCGACAAACAGGUGCAAUACGAUAUUAGUUAAAACUCGGUCUUCGCGUGAGCCUUACUGGGACAGCUUUAGAGUCAACAUGAAAGAUAACUAUUGUGGCUACGAGAAUCAGCUUUUUAAUGAGGAGGACUUAACUGGUGAAGAGGAAGAAAAUCCUUCUUUUAGAGGCAGGACAAGAGGUGGAUGUAUGAAAUGUCAGCAGUCGCAUUCUCUUCAGCUAGCUGUCAAAAUGCUGUAUGGCUUUUUUGCUUUGCUCAUCAUUGCCGUGGCCAUCUUGGCAUCCCUUGUUUUUAGGAGAGUUGACACCUUAUCUGAAGAGGAAUCGUUUUACAACAAAAAGAUUUCCAAAGUCCAGGAGAGCAUGAAAGAUAUCAGCACAGCAAACAAUUAUUCCAACUGCUUAGAUGUUGCACAGUUCCAAGCCGAGAUCGCCCGAUUGAAAAAGGACUUUGAGGAGAUCCAGAAGAAAGUUCUUGGUCAGGAGCAUCAGUUGGACCAGACCGCUCAAUCACAGCAAGGUCUGACGCAAUCCAGCAACAGAAUGAUGCGAGAUCUUCAGGCCUUUGGAAUCACCAUCACACGUAUAAACCAAUCUCUCAGCCAGUACCUGAAUCAGGUGACUGGCUGGCAGGUUGUCAUCAACGAAACCGAUCAAGGAAUGAAAACCCUUGUUGAAGAUCAAUACGAUCUCAAGGCCACGAUGCAACAGGUCAACACAACCGUUGCUCUCAGUGCAUUGUGGAUAGGCGCUCUUCAAAGGAAGGCCGAUGAGGAGACCUUGGUGCUUCAGAAAAUAACAGCAGACUGGCAGAACUACAGUAGAGUUUUAAACACCCUAAAAUCCAAUGCCAGUGUCACCACGCAGACCGUGAGGACCAUUCAAAAUGGCAUCUCUACUACACUCCAGCGAAUCAGUAUGAGCUCAGAGAUGAUCCAUGACCUAACCCUGCAGGUCAUGAACCUUCAGAUGCAACUAGACAAUAUUUCUUCUUACGUCGAUGAACAUGAGGAGAACAUGCAUGACCUUAAGUACCAUGCCACCUACUACAAGAACCGUACUAAGGAACGUUUUCUGACCCUGGACACUAGAAUGGACUCCAUUAAAAUGGAGAUUGACACAAUCUCCUCCAGUAUUAACGCAACCGUCAGUCACGUUCAGAGCAUGUACAAAUACAUUAACAUCGAGAGUUCCUCCUGCCAAUCCAGACUGGGGAGUCACACAGAAGAUCUGCAGAACCUGAACAACACUGUCUUGCUGCUUCUUCACCUGUCUGACACUCUCAGGAUGCAGUACAUGAUGCUUAGCGUGCGGCUUGAUGCUGAUGUGAGGAACCUUUCCAUGGUGGUGGAGGAGAUGAAGCUGGUGGACACCAGUCAUGCACAGCUGAUCCAGAACUUCACUAUUUUGAAAGGUGUACCUGGUCCACCAGGUCCAAAGGGAAACAGGGGAGAACCAGGGGGCAAAGGACCUAUAGGCCCAGUGGGCAUAAAAGGAGACAGAGGACUUGCAGGAUACCGUGGGUCUCCAGGGAUGAAAGGUCUUGUCGGAACUAAGGGUGAUCAAGGUGCGCCGGGACUUCCUGGGAUGAAAGGAAAUCCAGGACUUAAAGGUGAAAAGGGGUCUUUAGGACAACCAGGGCCUCGUGGUGAAAUUGGACAGAAGGGUGAUAUGGGGAUUCCUGGGAGAAAUGGAGUUCCUGGUCCCAAAGGACCACCAGGAAUCCAGGGCCAAGCUGGUCUCCCAGGGAUACAUGGCCUUCCUGGACCGAUAGGACCACCGGGACCUAGGGGACCAACGGGGCCACCUGGAGAACCAGGACUACCAGGGGAACCCGCCCAAAGGUCAUGAACAGACAGAUAUAUUAUCUCUCUGUUUCUAUAACUGGGUAAACUCCCUUUCCCAAAUGUUGAUACACUGACUGCCAUUUUGGACAGAGUGAAUGGGUCUCUUUUAGUGAAUUGUUGCACAUAUCCACUUCGAUCACUUAUAAAACAAGACAAUAAUGUGAGGUUUGGCCCACAUGUAGUUUUACCAACAAGGAACUUGCUUGUGUCAUUGAUGGUUACUGAGCCAGGCUGUAUGAUAGCAUUGAUUGUUUGUUACCACCUAUUGGAUUUGUAUAGAAAUGAACUCAUUUUCUGACAGUAAUCAUUUGAUUACGUAACAGUGACAGGUUAGCGAUAACUGUAUAAAGAGACUUUACAGUGUAAAUUGUUAAAAGGUAUUGAUGGUACCAACAAGAAUGUCCACUGGUUGAAGACAACAAGAAAAGAAAGCAAUGUUUUGUGAUUUUAGUACAAUACAAUGCACUUUUAAUGAAACAAAUGCUUUCAGCAGCGUGUUUAACAUUAGAUAAACAAUUCAGAUGGCGCUUUAUUGCUUCAGUAUAAUGUGUAGUGCAGCAGCAUCCAUGUUGUAUUUGCAUACUUGUAAAACUUCAGAGCAGGUACUCUGGUGAUAAACUUUUAUUGUGUUUGAAUGUACAGUGGAUAUAAAAAGUCUACACACCCCUGUUAAAAUUGCA